UCCCAAAUUGGGAGCCGAGCGUCACCGGGCGGCACAAGCGGCUGCGGGAUGGAGGGGCUGGCGGUGGGCAGCGUCCUGCUGACGGGCUGCGACGACGGGCUCGGCCUGGCGCUGCUCAAGGGCCUGCUGGAGCAGCCCACUCCCCCCCGGCACCUCUUCGCCGCUUGCCUGGACCCCCAGGGGAAGGCUGUCAACGAGGUGGCUUUGGGCAGCCGCAACGUCGUGGUCCUGCCUCUAGAUGUGACAGACCCCAACAGCAUCAAGGCAGCGGUCAGGAGGGUGCGGGAGGAGGUGGGAGACUCCGGCCUCAACCUCCUGCUCAACACAGUCGGCACCACACGCCGCAGCACGUUGGCCACCGAGACUGCCGAGAACAUGAGCCUCGUCUAUGCCACCAACACCAUCGGGCCCCUGCAGACCAGCCAGGCCUUCCUGCCCCUGCUGAAGGAGGCGGCCGAGGCCGAGGGGCAGAGCGAGAUGAGCUGCAGCAGAGCCGCCAUCGUCAACAUCUCCAGCAUCCUGGGCUCCAUCUCGGCUGCAGAGGCCUGGGAGGAGAGGCAGGAUGUCUGCUACCGCUGCAGCAAGGCUGCUCUGAACAUGCUCACCAAGUGCCUGGCCCUGGAGUAUGGGGGCAGCGGGAUCCUCUGUGUAGCCGUGGACCCCGGAUAUGUGACACCUCCCCUGGGACAGGGCACAGGCCCGGUGACGCUGGAGGAGAGCGUGCGGGGUGUGCUGCGGCUGCUGGCGCGGCUCUCGGCCCCCAGCAACGGCACCUUCUGGGACUGGAGAGGGCAGAGCCUGCCCUGGUGAGGCCGUCAGCUCAGUAAAGGGAAUUGGCUGCCA